UCAUUCCCUACGUUCAUGCACAGAACGUCCUCCGUUCAUCUAAUUCCGUUCUAUGACUUCAUUGCCUUCAGGUCACACUUCACGCGAACCCAUAGCCCUGGGUUAGCCGCAUUCCGUCGUUCUCUUGGUCUGCACGCGGGACAAUAUAAAAUGCCUCAAAUUGUAUUCUAUGGUCUAAGAUCUGUUAUUCGUUCUCGAUUGAAAUCCACAAAACUUACUCUAAGCACUACUAUUAGCUGAUUUUCUUUUCAAAACAUACGCAUAUCACAGGGCCACGCAUUACCAUUGUCGAACAGAUGGGAUCUUAUGCAAGUCGACCAGAAGAGCCCAAUCUAUCCCUCGAGGAGAUGGAAGUGCGCCAGGACGCAGAGGCAGCUGCUGCGUAUUCCCAGAAGGAUGCUGAGGCUGCCAGAGAGGAAAUCGCCGAGCUCAACAGGUUGAAUCAAAAAUUACAGGAAGAGGCCGAGGCAGCUUUUCAAGCUGCAGCGGCCACAAAGGAUCAGGUCCGAAAGGAAAUAGAAGCAAUGGCCAAAGCCGAACGUGCUGCCAAUGAAGCUCGCUUACGGGCGGAAGCUGCUGCUCGUACUGCCAGUGAAGAAACAAAACAGAGAGCAGUUGAAGCAGAGGAGGAGCUUAAGCGAACAGCCGCUGUCCAAGAACAAGCCAAACGAGAUGUCCAGGCUGCCCAGGAGCAGGCAAAGAGACUGCAGGAGGCUGUUGAUGAGGAGAGGAGGAGGGCAGCUGCCGUCCAGGAGGCGGCCAAUGUGUCUAAUAAAGUGGCAGAAGAGCAAGUAAAGGCGGCCAAUGCUGCCAAGGAGGAGGCUGAACGCAAGUUGAAAGAAAGCAUUGAGGCUCUGGUGACUCCCACGCCUGAAGAACAAGCCAGACGAGACGCCCAGGCUGCCCAGGAGCAGGCCAGGAAGGCACUGCAGGAGUCGUGCCACCAUCAGUAGACUGAGGAAAUCCCGAGAAACCGCAUCAGUAUAAUUCUGUUGAGCGAAGAGUCAAAU